UAUCUUGUGUACAUACAUUGUUUCAACUGAACAUUAAAGGGACAGUCAAGUCCAAAAAAACUUUCAUGUUUCAAAUAGGGCAUGUAAUUUUAAACAACUUUCCAAUUUACUUUUAUCACCAAUUUUGCUUUGUUCUUUUGGUAUUCUUAGUUGAAAGCUAAACCUAGGAGGUUCAUAUGCUAAUUUCUUAGACCUUGAAGGCCGCCUCUAAUCUAAAUGCAUUUUGAUAGUUUUUCACCACUAGAGGGCAUUAGUUCACGUGUUUCAUAUAGAUAACAUUGAGCUCUUGCACGUGAAUUUACCAUGGAAACAGCUCUGAUUGGCUAAAAUACAUGUCUGUCAAAAGAACUGAAAUAAGGGGGCUGUCUGCUGAGGCUUAGAUACAAGACCAAUGUUGGCCAAAGGGGUUAAACGGAAGUUCUCAGAAGUGGAUGGAGGAAUGGGGAACAAUCCUGAGAAUGCUAUGAUGUCUCCGAGCCCUAGUUCAUUACCUGCAGUGCAGUCACAUUGCCUUAUGAACAUUUCUCUUGUGAAGCUUCACCGUAGUCUAAGACAUGUGGAGCCUAACUUGAGGCAUCUUGUGUUGGUUGCCAAUACCCUUCGGCGCCUUCAGGACAACAUGCAAACUGAGCCAACUACUCCAGCAGGGUCAAGAUCCACGGAAGAAACUUUAAAGAAGGACUAUUGCAAAUCUUCAGGUAUGGAGAACAAGAAACUAGCUCUAGACAACCAAGGAGAAGAUCCUUUGCUCUCGUGUAUGGAUGCCUCUCUUUACUCUUCCAUUUCUACCAUACUUGAGGACUUAAAUAACUUUGAGGGGCUCAGUAGUGCCCCCCUUUCUCAUAUAGACGAUGAUCAGCUGUGCUUUCCUAAGGAUAACAAUGUAGAUAUGAUCAGAGAGGACUCUGGGAAGCUGACACCUUCUUCUAGUUUUGUAAGUUCCUCCCCUUACCUUCUAGGGGACAAUUUUGAGGAUAUUUUUGAAGAUAUUGACACUUCCAUGUAUGAUAGUGACCCUUGGUCAAGUAGCAACCUGCUAAACUUCAAGUCCUUUUCUAACAUAAAUGAGACUGAUGAGAAAACAUUAUCAGAUACUCAGGGCUCUAUGCUGGAACUGAGUGAUUUGGACUAUUUGAUGGAUGUGUUAGUGGGUGCACAGAACUGCUGAUAGCCCCUGCAAUGGACUCAAUAAAAACAAUGAAGUAUCUUGCAACAAGACACUACUGUAUAUAACAUUGAACUUUUAAUUUAUUUGAUCAAUUACGGACUGAGUAGACGUACUCAACGGUUAUUGUGGAAAAUAACUGCUAUUAUUGCACAGCCUUUUCUUAUAAUGCGUCCUUUGUAUCAGGGGUCGGCAAUCGUGUGUCCCCAGAUGUUUUGGAACUACAUUUCCCAUCAGGCUGAGACACUUUUUAGGCAGUCUGAGCAUCAUGGGAAAUGUAGUUUUAAAACAUUCUGAGGGCCCAAGGUUGCUGACCCCUGCUUUGUAUCACUUGCUUAUGGAAGGUUAAAGGGAUAGGAAAGCCAAAAUUAAACUUGCAUGAUUCAGAUAGAGCACGUAAUUUUAAGACACUUUUUAAAAUGAACUUCUAUUUUUAAAUGUGCUUCAUUCUCUUGGUAUCCCUUGUUGAAAAAUAAUACGCACAUAUCCUACACUAGUGGGAGCUGCUGCUUAUUGGUGCCUGUACACAUUUGUCUUUUGUAAUUGGCUGACUAGAUAUGUUCAUCUUGCUGCCAGUAGUGCAAUGCUAUUCCUUCAGCAAAGGCUAACAAGAGAACAAAGCAAAUUUGAUAAUGGAAGUAAAUUGGAAAGGUGUUUGAAAUUGUAUGUUCUAUCCAAAUCAUGAAAGAACAUUUUGGAGUUUCCUGUCCCUUUAAGCUUGUUUUUUUUUUUUACCUAUCUUUGAAUUUACCUACAAUAGGUUAAUUUCAAUGUAUUGAAAUACAAGGUAAAAAAAUCUUCCCUUUUCAAAAUAAGCAGCUUUCUAUGCCAGUAUUUACAGUUAAUGAGAAAUUCUGCUUCCCCAAUUUUUUUUCUAGGGAAAGACCAGAACAAACCUUUUGAGAAAAUUACAAACACAAAUAUAUUGUACAUAUAAAUUAAAUUUCUAUAUUUUGUAAGUUUGCAUAUUUUAAAUUUCCUUAUAUGGACUGCUUUUUGUCUGAGAGCUAAAUAUUUUUAGAUUUUAUUUUUCUUCAAGCCCCUGUAACUUUCACAAGCUGACACAGAGCCAGCAUUUGUAAUCGCCUAUAUAUGAGACCAUGUGCAGGCAGCCAUUUUUAAAAUAUGGAUUACAUUUUUUUUUCAAAGCAGGAUAUUACUGAUCUUCUAAAAUGAGGCUGUAGCGAAUCAAUAAUUGGUAUAUUUGUUAUUGUUUUAUAAAAGACUUAUUUAUAGUGAUGUAAGCCAUGUCCGCUAAUUUUCUCAGUUAUGCCAAGUAUUGAUUGGGUGGAAUUAGUUUGUCAUAAUGUAAAAAUUGUAUAAUUUAUUUUGCGUCGCUAUCCAAUUUUUUUUUUUUUUAAAAAAAGGACCCAUUGCGUAAUUUUAGGGCCAUUUGAUAUUGAAUACUUUUUGGCCGGGCAGUGAUUCUUAAAAAAUUCAUUUUUUUAAUGCGUAUGAACGACUAUUAAUUUAUCAAGAUAAAAAUCAGAUAUUUGAAACGUCAUAAGUUUGCAAACUUAAAGUGACAUUAAACCUAAUUUUUGUCUUUCAUAAGGUAGAGGAUGUGCUUUUAAACAGCUUUCCAAUUUAUCUAUAUUAUCUCAUUUACUUUGUUCCUUUGUUGAAAAUAAUACACAGGUAGGCUCAGGAGCUGCUGAUUGGUGGCUGUAAAUAUAUGCCUCAUGCCAUUGGCUCACACAAUGCGUUAACAAUCUCCCAGUAAUGCAUUGCUGCUCCUUCAAGAAAGAAUGAAGACAAUUAGAUAACAAGUAAAUUGGAAAUUUGUUUAAAAUUGUAUUCUCUAUCUGGAUCAUAAAGUUUGUGUUUCGUGUCCCUUUAAAGCUGCAUAGAUGAACAAGGUUGCGUGAUUAGUGGUGCCUGUUCCGCUUUAUUGAUCACUGUAGCAAAUUAUUGAAUCGCCUACUUGUACCCUCACCUUCCUCACUCUUCAUGCCCUAUUGCUUUCAGUACAGAUCCUUAACACUUUCUUUAUAUGAUCACCUAUAACAAACCAAACACACACACAAUCCUCACUACUUAGAUAAUACUUUCUUAAGGGUUUGUACUAAUUUGUUGAUCCCUUAAAGGGACAUAAUACUCAUAUGCUAAAUCACUUGAAACUGAUGCAGUAUAACUGCAAAAAGCUGACAGGAAAAUAUCACCUGAGCAUCUCUAUGUAAAAAAAGAAGAUAUUUUACCUCAAAAUGUCUUUAGCUCACCAGAGUAAGUGCUGUGUAACAGUUAUACUUCAAAAACAAUAGCCAAUCAGCAUCAGCAGUGCUGAGGUAAUGCUUUGCCUUUGCUGUGAGCUCGUGAGAUUCCACUGAAAUCUCGUGAGAUUUCAUUGAACUUACUUAAACUGAAUAGUAAAUUAACAUGGCAGUGCCUGCACAUGAUAGAUGCACACUCCCUUGCAAGUCCUGGGACAAGCAUCCUGAUUGGCUGCUUAGUCUCUUUACAGUGGGAUGUGAAUACUUAGAAAAUGUGAUGUAAAAUAUCUUCCUUUUUCACAUAUUCAGGUGAUAUUUAGUCAGCUUUUUACAGCUAUGCUGCAGCACUUUCAAAUGUUUCAACAUUUGUGUAUCAUAUCCCUUUAAUCUUAAAAGUACUUCAAGAUAGCACCACUUUAAUAUUAUACACUCUUUUAUUGUGCACUCAACCACUCAAAGACCCACUGACACCUCCGUCUUUAUAUAUUUAUAACCCACACUGCUUGGACACGCGAUUUGGGAAUCACUGUUACCAUUACAUCUUUAAAUUAAAUUUAUUGGGUAAGAGUUUGUCCUCUGCUUCAAAAUGUUUGACUUUAUUUUUGAGGGGGAAAACAUUUGUUACUCGAUUUGAUAAAAAAAAUACUAAAUUUGGCGCCAAAGAGAAAGCAGAAUGGUGACAAUAACUACCUAGUCAUACAGCUCAUUAUAAUCAUGUCUGAUAUUGUGUAAAUAUAUUUAUUUAUCUGUUGAUUUGAUCACUAACGAUUAGGGGGACCCGAAAACAUAACUUUUAUUUAAAGGGACAUUGAAACCCAGACUUUUUCUUUCAUUAUUCAGAUAGAACAUGCCAUUUCAAAUUCCAAUUUACUUCUGUUGGCUAAUAUUGCUUCAUUCUCUUGGUAUCCUUUGUUGAGUUAGUGGCUGUAUAUAAUGUAAUGUGUUCACCUAGCUUCCAGUAGUCCAUUGCUGCUCCUUCAACAAAGGAUACCAAGAAAUGAAAGCACAUUUUAUAAAAGAAGUAAAUUGGACAUUUGUUUAAAAUGCUAUGAUAUCUUAAAUAUUUAGGUUUCAUGUCCCUUUAAUGUCCAUGAAUUUUAUGUAGUUGGAAAUCUGCUUUUCAAUCCAAAAAUAUCAGAAGCUUUAUGUUUGUCAGAUAUUUAUUGUCAAAUUUUCUGAUGGUCAUUUAAGAAUCAAUUUUCAUUAUAAUUUAUUUUUUUGUUGUUGUGAUUCUUAUUUAUCCUUUUGUGGAUAUUUAUGAUUGGAAUUAAAAGGGUUUUCAUAACUGAA